AUGUCCCACACCCCACAAUCAACAUCGCCAGACGGACCAAUCUGUCUGCAAGAUCACAACAAGAAGAAUCGCCUUGAAGCGAAAAUGGCAGAAGAUACUCAAUCCACCAAUGCCAAUCAACUACGACAAGCAGCUUCGCCCUCCCCGCCUCCUCCGGCUCCUGUCCCACUCACACCAGGCCCACGUGCGUCGCGUCUACAGCAAGUCUUCGGCCAGGCCCUCGCACGAACGUUGCGCGCGAAUUCAUACGCAAAUUUUUCAGGGUGCUUUCCGACGCCUGCGAAACAUGUCCCUGCUAGUUUGGAAUCAGUAUGGAGACAACUCAACGCGAAGCUCGAGGAGAGCGCGAAGGCGGAAUUUGACGAUAUCAUACGUGAACGUGACGCAGUGAGGCAUCUGAAUGAGCUCGAUCGGCUGGUCGGGGAGGCAAGGCAUAGGAGGGACAAUGGUCAAGGCGAAAGUCGUGUAGCUCCGCAUACAUUAACCCCGGACGAACUAUAUCGCGCGCAUCUGACACCUUACCUGCAAGAAACCCAGUCGUCUUUGAACGCGAGAAUUCAGGCAACCGAAGCUCAGAACGCAGAGCUAGCCCAGCAUAUACAAGGCCAGAGAGCGGAGAUCGAAAGGCUACUGUUGAGUCUCGAGUCUAUUGUUGCUGACGUGGAAGGUGCUGCGGCUGCAGCCUCGCACUUCAGCAAGGAGAAUGGCCUUCGCCAAGAGGCAUUAAAGAUGGACGAAGAAGUCAAGGCCAGGCCAGAGAUAUGA